AUGACGCCGGAUCUGCCCACCCUGGCUCGACAAGACACCAGCCAGAGUUUUGAACUCGACGAAUUCGCUCGUCCGUCCGCCUCAGCGUUACCGACACCUUCCACCCCGGCUGCUCGACUCAGAUCUGAGAUAAGGUCAGGGUUAGAUCGAACACAUCCCGCUAGGAAGAAAAGUCCCACCGGGCUUGCAUGGCUCUUUGGGUGGGGGGAAAGGAGGGGUCACCGAAAUAAUACUCACCAGGCAGCGGGUAAGCGAGAGGGUGGUCGAGAGAAUCAAAAUCAAGAAUACAAAGAUUCCCAAAGGGAGAGAAGUGCCGGCUCCAGGACAAGACGGAGGGAGAGUAUCGGGGAGGAGAAAGAGUACAAGAGCAACUACUUUGGAGAAGGCGGACUACGGCAACAACGGUACAAGCUUGGUCCUGGAUCACAGGCCCGGCUUGCAACAAAAGAAGAAAGCAUGAAGUUCUCACACAGUAUCCAGUUCAAUUCCGUCCCGGAUUGGAGUGACAGCUAUAUUGCAUACAGCAAUUUGAAGAAACUGAUAUACACUCUUGAAAAACAAGUGAACCAUCCCGAGCGCGAGAAUGGACAAGUUGAAUCUGCUCCCCUCCUUGACAGGAGUCUUGACACGGACGCCAUCUUCCGCCGUGCUCUGGACGGAGAGCUGGAGAAGGUCUGCUCUUUCUACCGCUCCAAGGAAAUGGACUUGUACAAGGAGGUGGAAGAUAUUACAAGAGAGCUAGAAUCCUUUGCUCAGGAUAGCAUAGGGAUUGACAUGGAGCCCGUUGCUCAUUCACUCAUCAAGUCGCCAGCUUUGAGCAUAACAUGGGACUUUGCUGAGUUUCCACAACGGAGGAUAAGGAGGCUUUCUGCCUCGUCAAGAGAAUGGAUAAGAGAUUCACGGCCUCAGGAGGAUCUGAUGAACAGCGAGCUGAUGGAUUCGAGGCUAUUGGGGCCUGCCCAGGAUCCAGAGCACAUUGCCAUAUACGAUGUUGGCGUAUCGUUGAAGAAACGAACAAUUGGCAUAUAUGUGUCAUUAUGCGAGCUCAAGUCGUUUAUCCAGCUUAACCGUACUGGAUUCUCAAAGGCGUUGAAGAAGUAUGACAAGACACUUGACAGGAAUUUGAGAAGGCAGUACAUGGAUUCCACUGUCCUGGUGGCCACGCCGUUUACGGACGCGACAAUCGCCAAGCUGGAUAACACCAUUGCAAACGUUGAGCGGCUGUACGCUGGAUUUGUUACAGAUGGUGAUCUGUCACUCUCCAGACGAGAACUUCGUCUCCAUCUACGUGAGCACGUCGUCUGGGAACGAAAUACCAUAUGGAGAGAGAUGAUCGGUAUAGAAAGAAAGACUCAGGCCGCAAACAUGGGAAUACGCAGAACUCUGCUCGGAGGAGAGGCGGACAUGGAAACGGCCCAACGACAGGGUGACGAGCAGGAGGCAGGUAUUAAGGAGUUCAUCACCCCCAUUGGACGAUGUCCAGUUCCAUCAUGGCUCUUAUCACCUACUUUUGCGACCCUGGUAGUUAUCCUCAUUAUAUUCGGGGUCAUGCUCGUGGUGCCAAUCAUGAAGAAGCCUGAACAGCAAAAUUGCCUGGCAAUGCUAGUGUUUGUCAGUUUGCUAUGGGCUACGGAGGUGAUACCGCUCUUCGUGACAUCGAUUCUUGUCCCAUUCCUCACUGUCACCCUGGGAAUCAUGCGUUCAGAGGAAGAUCACUCUAGACUUGGCGCAAAGGAAGCUACAAGUGCGGUCUUUGCAGCAAUGUGGACCCCAGUCAUCAUGCUUCUUCUUGGAGGUUUUACUAUUGCCGCUGCUCUAUCGAAACAUGAUAUUGCACGGAGAAUGGCUACGUUUGUAUUGAGCAAGGCAGGUACCAAGCCGAGAACUGUGCUGCUGACGAACAUGUUUGUUGGCAUGUUUUUGAGUAUGUGGAUUAGCAACGUUGCUGCUCCGGUGCUCUGCUUUUCUAUCAUUCAACCAAUGCUUCGAAACCUACCAACUGAUUCUCGGUUCUCAAAAGCUGUUAUCCUUGGCAUUGCACUGGCUUCCAACAUAGGAGGUGCUGCGUCUCCCAUUGCUUCACCACAGAACAUCAUUGCAUUGCAGAACAUGGAUCCUGCUAUCAGCUGGGGAACAUGGUUCUUCAUUGCCCUACCAGUUUGCAUCCUCUCUAUCCUGGGCAUCUGGGUCCUUCUUCUUAUCACUUUCAACCCAAGCCGAGGAACAACCAUUGUCCCCAUCCGUCCCGUGAAGGACAAGUUCACCGGUAUACAGUGGUUUAUCACUGUAGUCACCAUCGGCACCAUCUGCUUAUGGUGUGUCAGCCAUCAGCUUGAAAGCACCUUUGGAGACAUGGGUGUUAUCGCCAUCCUCCCGCUAGUUCUAUUCUUUGGUACGGGAAUUCUGACCAAAGAAGACUUCAACAAUUUUCUCUGGACCAUCAUCAUUCUGGCUUCAGGUGGGCUUUGCCUCGGUAAGGCAGUCACUUCUUCUGGUCUGCUAAAUGCCAUCGCCCGCUCUAUAACAAGCAGCGUGGCCGGGUUGAGCCUCUACGGCGUCAUGUUCGUUUUUGCGGCGUUGAUUCUGGUGGUGGCAACUUUCAUCUCCCAUACUGUGGCGGCAUUGAUUCUCCUACCCCUUGUCAGAGAAGUGGGUAUGGGAAUGAACGAGCCACAUCCUAACCUCCUAGUGAUGGGAAGUGCGCUGAUGUGCUCUGUGGCCAUGGGUCUUCCUACUAGUGGCUUCCCCAACAUGACUGCGAUCAUGAUGGAAGUUCCAGAGACCGGUCAGCGAUACCUUCGCGUCCGUCAUUUCAUCACGCGAGGCGUACCAGCGAGUAUCCUCUCAUUCGGCCUUGUUGUAACCCUUGGGUACGGACUGAUGAUCGUUGCGGGGCUAUAG